AUAUCCAAAUGCUUCUUCCUCUCCUCGUUCACGCUGAUUGAAAAGGACUAGAAAGAGCGGAGAAUAAAUUGAAAGAACAAAAAACAAAAAAUGGGUUCGACCGGAAAGGAGAGCCAGCUGAGGAGCCGAGCCGAGUCGGAUGACGACGAGGCCGCCAGCUUAUUCGCGAUGCAGCUAGCGAGCGCUUCAGUGCUGCCCAUGGUGCUGAAAUCAGCGAUUGAGCUGGACCUUCUGGAGCUGAUGGCUAAAGCCGGACCGGGAGCAGCCGUCUCCCCUUCCGAGCUCGCGGCUCAGCUUCCGACAACUAACCCGAACGCAGCCGUCAUGGUGGACCGGAUUCUCCGGCUGCUCUGCACCUACUCUGUCCUGAACUGCUCUCUCCGGACCCUCCCGGAAGACGGCCGGGUUGAGAGGCUCUAUAGCUUGGCGCCGGUUUGCAAGUAUUUGACGAAGAACUCCGACGGCGUUUCCAUGGCUCCGCUCUUGCUCAUGAAUCAAGACAAAGUCCUCAUGGAAAGCUGGUAUCACUUAAAAGAAGCGGUACUUGAUGGAGGGAUACCUUUUAACAAGGCGUAUGGAAUGAGUGCAUUCGAGUAUCACGGAACAGACCCUCGAUUUAAUAAGGUUUUUAACCGUGGGAUGUCAGACCACUCUACCAUUACCAUGAAAAAGAUUCUUGAUGAUUACAAGGGAUUUGAAGGCCUAAAAACCCUAGUGGAUGUUGGAGGAGGAACUGGCGCCACCCUUAACAUGAUCCUCUCCAAAUAUCCAGAAAUUAAAGGCAUUAACUUCGAUCUACCUCAUGUUAUUCAAGACGCUCUUCCUUAUCCUGGUAUUGAGCAUGUCGGUGGAGACAUGUUCGUGAGCGUCCCCAAAGGCGACGCCAUUUUCAUGAAGUGGAUUUGUCAUGAUUGGAGUGAUGAUCAUUGCUUGAAAUUUUUGAAAAACUGCUAUGAAGCGCUCCCGGAAAAUGGGAAAUUGAUUGUAGCAGAGUGUAAUUUACCAGAAUUACCAGACACCUCGCCGGCAACUAGGAAUGUGGUUCACAUUGAUGUCAUAAUGUUGGCCCAUAAUCCCGGCGGGAAAGAGAGGACUGAGAAGGAAUUUGAGGCCCUGGCUAAGGGAUCCGGUUUCAAAGGGUUUCACAAGAUUUGUUGCGCCGUCAACACUUGGAUCAUGGAAUUUCACAAGUGAACUCACGAUCAUUUUAAUUUUUUGAUUGAGUUUGUCAUUCCCACUUAAGUUUUUGCCCAAAAUAGAUUUCUAGUUGUCAAAUAAGAAUGGAUUACAAGGAAGACAAUGAAUAACCGUACCUAAUAAUAUUGUAUACUGUUUAUUUCUCUUGUAGAAUUUGUUUCAACUAUCAUCGAGCAUCUUGUAUGUCUUUCAAACUCAAUUCUGCACCUUUCUCAUCUUGUAUACUGUAUACGGUUGGAUUUUUUAUACAUGGACUUUUGUGUUUGAAAGACUAUUUAUGAGUGAAUUUUGUUGAUUAAAAUAAAUUUAUUAAUUUCAUAU